AGUUUUAAAAACAAAAAGAGCAGUCCAGGUGUGGCUUCUUUGAAAUACGGCAUCGCAGUCUGCAGCAUCAGGUUCAGCAGAAGGAAGAGCAGAAGCAAGACUGCCAUUAUGAAAGGUGUUCAAUUGCUUGUUUUGCUCAUCGCAGCAUCCGCAAUCUGCCCGUUAUUUGGCGCUGAAGAAAAUAACAAAAUUACCGAUGUACUCAAGGAAUUGAAAGACAUUGUGGAUAAUUACCAAGAACCUGAGUCAAAAAGAGUCGAUUCAACAAAGACAUCGGGUGAUAUCAAGAAAGCCCUGGACGAUGAACUUGAAUUUGAAGCUGAUGUGCAAGAGCUCGAAGAUAAGAACGAUCAGCCUGCUUGCACAAACACCAAUGAAAAGAAAUGUCUGGAUAACUUGAUAUCGUGCACCACGCCAGCGAUUAGAAAGUUUUGUCCCAGAACAUGUCUCGUCUGUUGUGCUGAUUUCAGUGAGAGCUUUUGCAAGAAAAGAAAAAGAGCUUGCCAUGUCAAGUUUGCCAAGGAGAGGAUGAGACAUUAUUGUCCUAAAACAUGCGAAUAUUGUGGAAAAGCACCUGCUCCUCCGCCGUGUCUGUCAACACAGUUCGGUUGCUGCUGGGAUAAAUCAACUCCUGCAUCUGCUCCUAUUGGAAGUGGAAGAGAAAAUUGCCCACCAUGUAAAGAUAAACAGAGCGAAUCAUUUUGCAAUAUGUUCAAAGGGGACUGCACUGACUAUCACCCAGAACGUAUCAAAGGCAGGCAAAUACGGUCGUUCUGCCCGAAAACCUGUCGAAUGUGUGGAAAACACCCGCAAUGCGUUGAUCACCCUAAACAGCAAUACAACUGUCCGCAGUUCAAGGCCGAUGGUCUUUGCAAAGCCAACGAGAAACACAUGAGGCUCUGGUGCCCUAAAACUUGUGGAUUCUGCAAACCAUGCAAUGAUAAUCCAGCAGUGAAUUGUGCUUACCUGAACAAGCGCAGAGCAUGCACCUUGGAGCGAGUGCGGGUUCUAUGUCCUUACACAUGUGAUGCAUGUGGGUGAGAGCAAACGAAUAACAUAAAUAAUGCAAUUGCAAUUGGAUUUCAAAAUCAAGAUAUCAUCAACUCUAGCCAAAGGUGAAGGUAGACGGACCCUCUUAAUUUCUUUUAAUUAAAUAACUUUCAUCAAA